GACAAAUUUAUUUUUGAUUCGUUAAUUAUAUGAUGAUAUGAGUUUAGCUAUUCAUCAUUAAAUAUUUAAUCGCCUACAUAACCAAAUCAUGUCUGAUAUAAUUUGAAAAGAUUGACAAUAAAAUUAAGUCAAAGAAACAAUGUACAACUAUGAAUAGAGAUUUAAAUAGUGACUAAUAUGAUGAGAUUUAUUAAACUAAUGUUAGUUUUAUUACAUGGUGCAUUUACAUUAUCUUCAUAUAAUUUGAAUGGUAUAGCUUUGGAAAAAGUCAGAGAUGAAAACAUUCGAUAUCCUCUUAUACUAAUACAUGGAAUUGGUGGAACACAAGCAUUAUGUAAACCAACUGACAAACAAUCACAUACGAAGCCAUUUACAAUUUGGGUUAAGUUACUUUAUUUUUUUAUCCCGGAAAAAUUAUUCACUUACAUGGGAUUAAUUUAUGAUCCGAAGACGAAAAAAACGAGAGAUAGAGAGUUGUGUAAUGUUGAAUUCCCUGGUUGGGGUGAUACUUGGGCUAGUGAAUAUUUGUCUGAAGAGAAAUAUCCAAUAACAAGUUAUAUGAAAACACUUGUUCAAAGUUUAACAAAGGACAAAUUUUUUGUGCGAAAUAAAACAUUACGUUCUGCACCGUAUGAUUUUCGCAAAGCACCAAAUGAAAACGCAAAAUAUUUCGUCAGAUUAAAGGAAUUAGUUGAAGAAACCUAUGAAAAUAGUGAAAAUAGUCCAGUUUACUUAUUAGGCCACAGUUUAGGAUCAUUGUACUCAAUGUAUUUUUUAAAACUGCAAGAUAAAAGAUGGAAAUAUAAAUAUAUCAAGGGAUUUAUAUCUGUGUCAGGUCCUUUUGGUGGAUCUGUUGAAAGUUUAUAUGCUGAAACUUGUGGUCAUAACUUCGGAGUUCCAUUUCGUUCUCCAUUAGCAUUUCGUGAUAUUGAAAGAUCAUUUCCUGCAAUGACAUUUCUUCUACCAGAUCCACGUGUAUGGUCAGCAAGUGAGAAGUUCGUUAUAACUCCGAAAAGAAAUUAUUCAGCCCAUGAUAUGAAAGCAUUUUUUAAUGAUAUUUCCUUUCCUCAAGGUUAUUUGAUGAUGAAAGAAACUAAAAGUGUAUUUAAUCCAUCUGAAAGGCCUACUGAUAUUGAAGUUUACUGUGUUUAUAGUUUUAAGAUUCCGACAAUAUCACAGAUGAUUUUCAAUAUUCCAGGACCACAUCGUUCUGCCUUCCCCAAUCAGAUACCAAAAUUAAAAUAUGGUGAUGGUGAUGGCGUUGUACCGUUAAAAAGUUUAUCUGUCUGUAAUAAAUGGAAUAAUGUUAAUGUAGUUGUGUUGGAACAAAGUUCACAUGAAGAUAUUGUGCAAGAUGAUCGUUUUAUUCAAUAUUUGAAGAGAUUACUUAUUAAUAAUUGACUAAAUAUAUUAAAGUUUGUUUGAUUUUGUGUAACAUUUUUCAACGUGAGUUUUAAUUACUUAACAAUUCAUGUAAAACCUCCUAGUUUAUUUUAUUACUUUUUUCUAGAUAAUUUAGACUCAUAUAAUAAGGUAUACAAAUUUAUUAUUGUACAGGAAUUUUGAAAUUCAUUUAUAUUGUUCUUUUUUAAGUGAUAAUUUAUGUAUCGUCAAGUAUUUCAAUACAGUUGUAAAGAAAUCAUCGAAUGAUGAAAAAAAUGAAAAGAAUUUACUUAUUGUAUAACCGAAUCGUGUAACGAUUGAGACGGUUUAGAAGAUUUGUAACUCAGGUAAUUGAUUUUGAUGGCGUUUUGUUCUCUGAGCUGAACGGUUCGGUCCUGGAACUUUCAUAGUUUUUCUGAACGACAUCAUCGGUACAAACUUCACUUCUACCUGAAGUUUGUGCUAUGUAACAAUUGGUAACAUGAACAAAUUAAUACUUCACAUGUGCUCAGUAUUAUUUAAACUUGUAGUAAUAAUAUUUUAAAAUAAGAAAUGAAUAAAUGUUGAGUGAAAAACAGUAGGAUGAAGUAGACAUUGAUGCUAUGUAGUAAUGUGUAGAUGUGAUAAUUAGAAGUAUUUGAAUUAUUGUGCGAACUAAAAAUCCAAGAAAUAAAGCAAUUUAGACCAUGAAGAACUAAACGAGCACGAACGAACAUAUUGUAUUUGGAAUUCGAAGUCGAGCAAUCAUCAAGUACGAAGGAAACAUUAUCUUAUACAAACACCACAACUUCUGUAUGCUGUUGCUGAUUUCUAACUAUAUUCGAAAUCUCUCCCUUAUACUUAUUAUCCUUUUCUACUCUGAUUGUAAAUUAACUUAUGUUAAUUGAAUUGAAUUCAAUACACUUUUAUUCUAGUUAUCGAUAAUAUUUGUAGUACAUUGAUUUUCACUAAGCAUUUUCUUCAAAUCACAUGCCGCCUGUUGGAUUCUUCAGAUUAUUUUUAUCUUUACAUGCUGUUAAAUGAACACUUUAUUUGUGCGUUAUCGUAUACCUGAUCUGGCAUUAGUAAAAAGUAUGUUUCUCGUUUCGAAGCAAGAAUAAACGUACUGUAUGCUAUAUUGAUCACCUAACAUUUCGUCUUCCCGUUAUUUUAAGAAACUCCUUAUAAUCUGCACAUAAAGUACUAAAUAUUUUUGUGAGUUAAUACUGCAUCUAAACUCAAAAUUCUGAUGAAACUUAAAAACAGUUUUUUCAUAAUUCUCGAUUACUUGUCAAUCAAAUGAAUAAUUAUUUCUCAUCGUUAACUCAUUAACUCCCUUAGAUUCAUUUAGUGAAAUGGCUGUCACGUAAUGAGUUGACAUAAAGUAAUUUGUAAACUAAUUUAUUUGAUUUGACGAAGUGACUUACAUUUAAUCAGAAACGUCAACAAUCCAAAUUUCUACUGUUCGCGAUAUCACGAAUAUACAAUUAUUUUAUUACUGAUUUCAUUUUCUUUCCAGCUACAUUUUGUUGCUCCUUUCUCUCUGUUACUUGAAUUUAAAAUCACAUAUAUUAACAUGAAUUGACUUGAAUAUACAUUUGUAAUUUCUA